AUGCCCUAUCAGCUGAUGGACCGGAUUCUCCAUGGAGGGCCGACAGUGCCCAGACCUUUGCGUCCAGUGAAGAGGGUGAAACUUCAAGAAUAUUUAGAUCUUGCCAAAGUCUUAGUUACACGCUUCCCUCGGGAUUCCAGCGGAAGAGCAGCGGAAUUCUUGGUGGAUUUGGCCCGGAACCAUGACCCAGGCCCAUUGGUUCCCUUACCAUGGUUUGAAAGUUUGGGGGAUCGGGAUGAGAUUGUCUUGGGAAACCCAACAGUCCUUGCCCGAGUCAGCAUCGACUUCGACUCCGUCGUCGUAUUGGAUCAGCUGAGCUCUUCAGAGGAGAUCCCCAGAACGGCAGAUGUCAUGUUGGUGGAGAAUGUUCCGGAGUAUGGGACUGAAGCACGCAAUCUAAGCGAUUAUGAGAAGCUCAAGGGCUGGGUGCAAUAUCCGGACCUUACCCAGUACUGUGCCAACGAGCGGGGACGGGGUGAACUGCAAGAUGGGUCCCUCCAGACGCUGACAACCAACAGCUCACUCAUAUACUCCAAGGCACACAAAAGGUUCCUGUCCGCGCAAGAGAUGGUCGCAACGCACAUAUUGCCGACUUGCUCCGAGCAUGCCAGGAAAUGUAAGGCUCCAAUCGUGGAGCUUGAACAUAUGCCGGAAAGUCAUGCUUGCCGAAUGGCAGGCAACACAAUGUCAGUUCCUUGUGUGGCGGCUCUUUUGUUGACCGCCAUUAUCAACUUAAAGUUGGUCUGA